AUGUCGACCGCCGCUGCAGCGAUGAAGUUGCCUACUCCCAUGGCGGAGGAGCCCGCCGACCUUCACGUGCCCGAUAACUACGUCGAGCACACUCUGAAGACGCAAAAGGCCAAGCCGCCAGUCACUUGGGAAAACCUCUUCUCGGAACUCAACUACCUCUCCCUCGCCAUCCUCACCAUCACACCUUCCAUCGCCAUCUACGGCAUCUUCACGACAAAGUGGUGCUGGCAGACCGCCCUCUGGUCUGUCAUCUACUACUUCAUCACCGGUCUCGGUAUCACCGCAGGCUACCAUAGGCUUUGGGCACACCGCAGCUACAACGCAUCCAAGCCUCUGGAGUACUUCCUUGCCACUGCUGGAGCAGGCGCCGUCGAGGGAUCCAUCAAGUGGUGGUCGCGCGGCCAUCGUGCACACCAUCGCUACACCGACACGGACCUCGACCCGUACAACGCGCACAAGGGCUUCUGGUACAGCCACAUCGGCUGGAUGCUCGUCAAGCCCCGCCGCCGCCCUGGUGUCGCCGAUGUGUCCGACCUUUCCAAGAACGAGGUCGUACGCUGGCAGCACCGCUGGUACAUCUACUUGAUCAUCGGCAUGGGCUUCCUCUUCCCGACCCUCGUCGCAUGGCUCGGCUGGGGCGAUGCUCGCGGUGGCUUCUUCUUCGCCGGUGCCGCACGUCUGUGCUUCGUCCACCACUCGACGUUCUGCGUCAACUCGCUCGCGCACUGGCUCGGCGAGUCGCCGUUCGACGACAAGCACACCCCGCGCGACCACUUCAUCACCGCGCUCGCGACGAUCGGUGAGGGCUACCACAACUUCCACCACCAGUUCCCAAUGGACUUCCGCAACGCGAUCAAAUGGUACCAGUACGAUCCGACCAAGUGGUUCAUCUGGGUCGCCUCCAAGUUCGGUCUCGCCUCGCACCUCAAAGUCUUCCCGGAGAACGAGAUCCAGAAGGGCAUGCUCACGCAGGCUCUCAAGCGUCUCCGCGCCGAGCAGGAUUCGAUUGAGUGGCCACAAGAGUCGCGCGACCUCCCCGUCGUCUCGUGGAAGUCGUUCCAGGAACAGGCCGAGAAGCGCCCCCUUCUCCUCGUCGCUGGCUUCAUUCACGACGUCUCCGCCUUCCUUGAUGAGCACCCCGGUGGCCGCCACCUACUCGUCAAGUACAUCGGCAAGGACGCCUCGACGGCUUUCUUUGGCGGUGUCUACGACCAUUCCAAUGCCGCCCACAACCUGCUCAGCAUGAUGCGCGUCGGUAUCUUGCACGGCGGUGCACCACAUGGACUCGAGGAGAAGGCCGUCCCGCCAUCUCAGCGCCUCCGCGUCGCGCGUAACUCGGAGUUGAGCAGCCCGUACUCAUCGACGGCGUACUCCGACGGCGAGGGCAUGCUCGGCUGA